AUGGAGCGUGUUGCUCGGGACGAUGUUGUUUUCAAGAACGGUGCUUUCAUCCCAAAGAACAGCAUCGUUGCCGUGUCCUGUCACUCCAUGUGGGACCCAGAGACAUUUGAAGAUCCCGUGGCAUUUGACGGCUACCGUUUCAUCAAGAAGCGGGCAUGCGGCGACCCCUACAAAGAGCAUGCGGCAGCGCUGGUCACGACAUCCUCGGAUCAUAUGGGCUUCGGGCAUGGGACGUACGCAUGUCCCGGCCGAUUCUUCGACGUCAACGAGGUCAAUAUUGUCCUUUGUCACUUUCUACUCUAG